AUGGAGAAAAAGAACAAUGGACAGCAACAUGCCCAGCCUUUGUCACAACCGGCUCAUACCCUCCCAUACGAGGCCAUCCUCCAAGAGCUUAGAGCGAACUCAGAGGAGGGUCUCACCUCCGCGGAGGCCAAGAAGCGUCUGGAACUGUAUGGGCCCAAUGAAUUACAGGGGGGGGAGGGCGUCUCGAUAAUCAAAAUCGUUAUCCGGCAAAUUGCAAAUGCUAUGAUGCUGGUCCUUAUCAUUGCGAUGGCCGUCAGUUUCGGAAUUAAAUCCUGGAUUGAAGGCGGCGUUAUCAGCGCUGUUAUUGGUCUUAACAUCGCAGUAGGCGUAUACCAAGAUUAUGCAGCCGAGAAGACCAUGGAUUCUCUCCGGUCUUUGAGUUCCCCGACUGGCGUUGCCACGCGUGAUGGUAAAACCAAUACUAUUCCGGCAACUGAGAUUGUCCCUGGCGAUAUGAUUGAACUCAAAGUCGGAGACACUGUCCCUGCUGAUUUUAGACUCGUGGAUGCCAUGAAUUUCGAAACCGACGAGGCUCUCUUAACUGGCGAGUCACUGCCGGUCCAAAAAGAAGUCGACGUGACAUUCGACCCAGACACGGGACCGGGAGAUCGUUUAAACAUCGCAUACAGUUCCUCUACCGUGACCCGCGGUCGAGCACGCGGAGUUGUCGUCGGAACCGGAAUGAAAACUGAAAUCGGUGCUAUUGCUGCUGCAUUGCGUGCUAGCGAUUCAAAGAAACGUCCGGUGAAGCGUGGCCCCGAAGGUGAAACCAAGAAGCGGUGGUAUGUGCAGGCAUGGACGUUGACUUGUACGGAUGCGGUGGGACGCUUCCUUGGUAUUAACGUGGGAACUCCCCUGCAACGCAAACUUUCCAAGCUGGCCUUGCUACUCUUCGCCAUCGCAGUUGUGUUCGCGAUUAUCGUGGAAGCGGCAAAUGGGAUGCGCAACGAUAAGGAGGUCAUCAUCUACGCCGUUGCGACUGGCCUUGCGAUGAUCCCAGCCUGCCUGGUGGUGGUCUUGACUAUUACCAUGGCGGUGGGAACAAAGCAAAUGGUCGAGAGACAUGUCAUUGUCCGGAGGCUAGACUCCCUCGAGGCACUAGGCGCCGUGACUAACAUCUGCUCAGACAAAACUGGCACUCUCACGCAAGGAAAGAUGGUCGCCAAACGCGCAUGGAUCCCAUCAUUGGGCACAUACUCGGUUGGAGCCUUUAGUAACCCGCUGAACCCAUAUGACGGCCAGGUCAGCCUUCUGCCAGAUGCUCCCGUUAAAAUUGCGCGCGACAUGGAUGGUGAGGCUGCUGACCCGGCCGAACUGCUAAAGGACAACAAAGCCCUUGAGGAUUACCUGAACGUGGCCUCUAUGGCAAAUCUUGCCCAUGUCCACAAAUCCGAAAACGAAGAAUGGCAGGCUCGCGGUGAGCCGACCGACAUUGCAAUCCAGGUCUUCGCAUCCCGCUUCAAUUGGGGACGCAACCGCUGGAUCAAGGGUGAGAAUCCUGUCUGGCGCCAGAAAGCAGAGUACCCCUUCGACUCGACAGUAAAGAAAAUGUCCGUGAUUUUUGCUCAAGGCGAAGACUCCGAGAAAGGCCGUCGCCAAAUGGUCUUCACAAAGGGGGCCGUGGAACGAGUUCUUGAAUCGUGCACAUCGGUCCUUUGGACUGCUGGAGAGCCACCAGUUCCCUUGGACGACAAGAUCCAGCACCAAAUUCUGCAGAACAUGGAAGCUCUUGCAAAGGAAGGUCUCCGCGUUCUCUGCCUCGCUUGCCGGGAUGAUGGUACCGCCGUUGCCAGCAGCGAAACCGUUCCGCUUCGCGAAGACGUCGAGAAGAACCUCACCUUCUGCGGGCUGAUCGGUCUUUAUGACCCCCCUCGACCUGAAACUGCAGGGGCUAUCGAGGAGUGUUAUCGUGCUGGGAUUUCCGUUCAUAUGGUCACGGGUGAUCACCCGGGUACGGCCAGAGCCAUCGCAGCGCAAAUUGGCAUCAUUCCUGCAAAUAUGGACGAAGUCGCCAAGGAUGUUGCAGACGCCAUGGUUAUGGCUGCUAGCCAGUUUGACAAGUUGACUGAUGAUGAGAUUGACCAACUGCCUGUCCUCCCGUUGGUGAUUGCCCGAUGCGCCCCGAACACCAAGGUCCGUAUGAUUGAUGCCCUGCACCGUCGUGGGCGUUUCGCCGCUAUGACCGGCGAUGGUGUCAAUGACUCUCCCUCCUUGAAACGUGCAGAUGUUGGCAUUGCGAUGGGCCAAUCCGGUUCAGAUGUGGCAAAGGACGCGUCCGAAUUAGUUCUGACUGACGAUAACUUUGCCUCCAUCAUCAAUGGAAUUGAGGAGGGACGUCGAAUUUUUGAUAACAUCCAGAAAUUUGUCCUCCAUCUUCUAGCCGAAAACGUCGGGCUUGCACUUACUCUCCUUAUUGGUCUGUGCUUCAAAGACGAAAUGGGCCAGUCAGUCUUCCCCAUCGCUCCCGUCGAAAUCCUGUGGAUUAUCAUGAUUACAUCUGGUCUUCCCGACAUGGGAUUGGGUAUGGAGAUAGCCGCUCCUGAUAUCAUGAACCGCCCACCGCAAAGUAAACAAGGUAUCUUCACAUGGGAGGUCAUUAUUGACACCAUUGUAUAUGGAGUUUGGAUGGCUGCGCUCUGUUUGAGUGCGUUUUCUCUCGUCCUCUUUGCCUGGGGAGACGGAAACCUGGCGACAGGCUGCAAUAGCAGCUAUAGUGAAUCAUGCGACACCGUCUUCCGGGCGCGUGCUACCACCUUCGUCUGCAUGACCUGGUUCGCUCUCUUCCUGGCCUGGGAGAUGAUCAACAUGCGUCGUAGCUUCUUCCGCAUGCAGCCUGGAUCGAAGAAAUACUUUACCCAGUGGAUGUACGAUGUCUGGCGCAACAAGUUCCUUUUCUGCGGAAUCAUGCUUGGAUUCAUCACCACCUUCCCCAUUCUCUAUAUCCCCGUCAUCAAUGAUGUGGUCUUUAAGCAUGUUGGUAUUUCCUGGGAGUGGGGUGUUGUCUUCGUGGAGGCAUUCCUAUUCUUCCUUGGGGUGGAAUUGUGGAAGUGGUGCAAACGCAUUUACUUCCGUCGCCAGGCUCUUCGCAACAAGGACAAGAAGGACGUGUAUCAGGGUCCAAAGGACUUUAGCCGUUACACGACCAUGAGCCGAUCUGACACUCAGGCGACUGGCGACAUGAAGAUGGAACAAUCCAUGGUUUGA